UCGAUAUCGAUAGUGUCGAGUUUUGGAACUAGAAACAAAGAUGGCGACGCUCGUUGACAACUACGAGCAACAAUACGCUGUUUUGACAGCUGAUAUCACCGCGAAAAUUAGUAGGAUUGCAAUAGUGAACGGCGGCGAAAAAAGGGCGCUCGUUCAAGAUGUUGACCGGCAAGUUGAGGAGGCUCAAGAGUUGCUUGAGCAAAUGGAACUGGAGGUACGGGGGAUGAGUGGCGCAGCUCGUGACCGACUUAGGGGUCGUGUAGAGAGUCACAGAGCUGAACUGAAGAGAUUAAAUCAAGAAUUUCAGUCCGCUAAGCGACCUAAGGAUGACAGGGGAGCUGAGGGGGGUGGAGAUGAAUCGUGGGAUACCAGUAUUACGAUAGAUCAAAGACAGAGAUUACUAGAUAAUUCUGAUAGGAUAGAAAGGACAGGGAGAAACUUGCAAAAUGGUUACCGCAUGGUUUUGGAAAGUGAAGAGGUUGGCACUCAAGUUCUAAAAGAUCUUCAUGAUCAGAGAGAAACCAUACAAAGAACUAGAGGAAGGCUACGAGAAACUGAUGCGGAGCUCGGACGAGGCUCUCGAUUGCUGUCGGGGAUGAUUUUCAGGGCUGUUCAACAAAGGAUAGCCCUUGCGAUCGUCGCUCUCGUACUAACAAUAGUGGCAUGCUUCGUGGUAUAUUAUAGCUUCAAGUCUAAAGGUUAAAUUUACAAUAUAACAUGGUGACAUGCCUCUUUCAAAUCAAGUAACAUUAAUGAUAAUUACUUAUUGUAAUAACUUCUCUGCCAGUAUAAAAUGUACGUUUAUUGAAGCUAAAUUAAGUCGCUAAUCAACAAUCAGCAGGCUUACAAGUAGGUCAUGCCAAAAUAGUUUGUCACGGUUUCUACGGAAUUAUUUUUCAAUUCACCUGUUCUGAAUCGUUACAAGCUUACACUACACGCUGAGUAGCUUGUUUAGGAAUUAAUGUGCCGAAUGAACCUUCAUUCCACCAUUUUAAUAUUGAAAUACAUAUGGGAUUACAAUUCUUCAGCUCAUGUAUAAUAUCCCGAUUUGCGCGAUGAUGCAUCAUAAGGUUUUUCUGUAGCUUGCCUAGAUUUGUACAUAUAAGUAGAACAAGAUUUAAUAAGAUUUCUAUAAUGCACUGCAUAUUUCUGAAUAUCUGAUUCCUGCACAGAGUUCUUAAAUAUGCGGUUUUGCCAUACUUUUCAUUUAUAUCACUUAUUUAUAUAUCUAUUGUCGCAUUUGAUAGUUACCACACUUUAGGUAAGACGGAGAUGCAGUUUUAUGUAUUUGCGUCUUGGAUUAUUGCCAAAGUUCGAAGCAUGUAGAUCCGUAUACUGUAAUGAAUUUGGUAUACAUUUGUAACAACCACACUUUGAUGUGCAAACAACCUUCCUUCGUGUUAUUUCAAUUCUUGUCUUGCAUCACUGAUGUGUGUUCUUGAAUCAACCACGUAUCGAAUUCGUUACAGCAUGUGCUGAACUAAUUUUAAUUUAUUAAAACCAUUGAUUGUAAAAAUAUUUAAUGUAGAUAUAACGAAGACCUAUUUCCAAUUGUAA